GAGCGAUCGCUGGGGUCACUCAGGCUGGGCAGCAGGAAGUGAAUCGCGCUCGCUGCAGUGACUGGGGCGUUGUGAGGAGCUCACGCUCAUUGCAAGAUCCCUGAGCCCCGGCCGCUGCUGCUGGGACUCCGGAGCCCUGGCUGCAGCCGGGAGAGGUGAAUCUCGAGCAGUAACAUUCCCAGUGCUCCCCAGGAGCCUCUCCCAGUGCAGAGACCCCAGCCUGGCCAGGACCCCCCUUUCCGGGCCCCAGCCCCUGCUCCCAGGGAGGGCACCGCUUGGAGGGGAGAUGCCGGUGACCUUCGAGGAUGUGGCUGUGUAUUUCACCGAGGGGCAGGGGGCCCUGCUGGACCCUGGUCAGAGAGCCCUGUACAGGGAAGUCAUGGAGGAGAAUUAUGAUAAUGUGACCUCACUGGGAUUUCCCAUUCCCAAACCUGACCUGAUCACCCGGCUGGAACAAUGGGAAGAGCCAUGGGUACCCGAUCUCCAGGCCUGCCAGGAAAGGGAGAUUCUGAGAGAUACCCACAUAGACAAUGACUUCUGCCUGGAUUGUCUGUCUCUCUCCCAGCAGGUGAUAGGCAAGAGAGUGAGAAAGAGGAGGAUCAUCAAUAUCAGGAAUUUCCUGGGAAAGUGGAACCACAGAGGACCUUUGGGAGAAGAGUUUUAGGGAAUUUCUCGCAGUGCUUGGAACAAGGAAAAGCCUCUGGAAAUCAGCACUGGUCAGAGAGGCUAUUCAGAAACCAGCCUACCAAGAAAGUGGCUAAAUCUAUUAAAUAUGUGGGAGGAUGCAAGGAUCCUGAGGAAACCACAGCCCAGC